UUUGCAAUGUUAAAACUAUAUUCAAUUUGGACAGUUGUUAUUUUAAUUGCCAUCAAUAUAUUAUAUGUGUUUACCGCCGAUGACGAUCACGAUGGGUCAGUGGAUGGAGUUCCCUGUAUAGAUAACGGCAAAUUUUAUCGCAAUCCCGAAGCAAAGGGUGUUAGAGAUUGUGCCAAAUAUUAUUGGUGUCCGCGACAGAAGGUUCUUGAAUUCAGAUGUAGCGCUGGUCUGUGGUUUGAUGUCGACCGACAAAUCUGUGAUUUUAAAUUAAAGAUCGAUAAUUGCGCCAAAUCUCACGACGCCAGUACUCCUCGACCACUGCUUGCCACUGAAGAACCAAUUUGUCCGACUGGACAGUUAGCUUGUGCUGACAGGAAAUGUAUUAAUAAGGACUUGUUUUGUGAUGGUCAGAUAGACUGUUUGGAUGCAUCAGACGAGUCGUGGUGUGAUCCCGAACACGACCCAAACGCACCGGUCAGAUGUGAUGCCAGCAAUUGUACUCUUCCGGACUGUUUCUGUAGCAAUGAUGGCACUCAAAUCCCAGGUAAUCUUAAGCCAGAAGAAACGCCACAAAUGGUUAUCUUAACGUUUGAUGACGCCGUCAACAAUGAAAAUUGGGAAAUAUAUCAGAAAAUAUUUGCAAACAAUAGAACUAAUGCCAAUGGAUGUCCUAUUUCUACCACAUUCUUCCUCAGUCAUGAAUAUACUAACUAUAGACACGUCCAGAAACUCUGGAAUGACGGACACGAGAUUGCCACCCACUCCAUCACUCACAAACAGCCAGAGCUUUGGUGGACAUUCAAUGCAACGAUGGAGGACUGGUUCGAUGAGUUCGCAGGAAUGGCUAAUAUUAUCAACAAAUUUGCUGGAAUACCACUCGAUGAACUCAGAGGCACAAGAGUUCCCUUUUUGAGGGUUGGCUGGAAUACACAGUUUAUUAUGAUGAAAGAGUUUGGUUUCUUAUAUGAUUCAUCAAUGGUUGCUCCUCGAUCUGAUCCUCCUCUUUGGCCAUUCACUCUUGACUAUAGAAUUCCUCAUAAAUGUCACGGUUCUCGACAGAGAUGUCCUUCCCGGUCAUUCCAAGGAAUGUGGGAAAUGAUUAUGAAUCCAUUUGAUAUUGAGGGUCACAUCUGUGCUAUGGUUGACAGUUGUCCGACACAUUUAUCUGAAGAUGAAAUUUAUAACAUGUUUAUGGAUAACUUUAAUAGACAUUAUACAACUAAUAGAGCACCGUUUGGUCUAUACUUUCACACCAUUUGGUUUAAAGAGAAACAAAAUUUUAAAAUUCUUCUCAGAUUUAUUGAUGACUUAAUUCAAAAUAAGGAUGUCUACUUUGUAAGCAACUAUCAGGCCAUUGAAUGGAUGCGAACACCGACACCAGUGUCUCAAUUGAAUAACUUCGAGCCGUGGAAAUGCAAGAAAGAUAUUGAACCCAAUUUGAUUGCUUGUAAUCACCCGAAGUCAUGCAGACUGGCCAGUCGUCAACUCAAAGGGGAACGAUAUUUACACACAUGUUUUGACUGUCCAGAUGUCUAUCCGUGGGUUAAAAACGAGUUUGGCUUAGAGUUUAAAAAAUAA